ACUCCGGUGUAAAAAAAAUAAAUAAAUAAAUAAACAGGCUGAAAAUCACGAUUUUGUGCCAAUAAGGUAAUUAAAACGAAGACAGGGGGCGAGGCGAAAGAAAAACAUGACUAGAGGUUGGGACUCGUAGCCAGGGUUUGUGACGUGGUUUACAGUUUUGGGGCUGGAAAACGAGAGAGGCAGACACCGAAAGCAAUAAAAGAUCCUGCGAUUCGUCGCAGGUUUUGUGUUCAUGGACGACGGUUGGCUUCUGUCCAGAGAGAUAAGUGUGGUCGGAUGAACGUGUCCUUGUUUUUGCUCAUUUUUAUACGAGUACGUGAGGUAGACAGGACGUCUCAUCCUCCAGAGCCUCAGUUGUGAAUGGACUUAAAGGGCUGUACACCUCUGAAUUAAUGCUCAGUUGGCUUCUAGGAUACCUCAUGGAAACUUUUGUAUUCAUUUACGGGAUAUGUAUUCAAUGACACUUCGGUUUUCACUGUGAAUGCUCUCUGGAAUAUUUAAUUUGAAGCGUUUCCGUUUGCUUUGUUUUGGAUUUAUCUUAUUAUUUAACGCUACUUGGCAGCUGAAACAUGGCACUUUAUGUAGAAGGUCUGAGUAAAGGAGUGGCCAAAGGAGAGAUGGCUCAGUUCCAGGAAAUGAUGCGGCAGCAGCUGGAGAGCUCCAUGCACACCGAGCUGGAGAAACUGCUGGACACCACCACAGGCGCAGAGAGAGAGGUAUCGAGGAAAGACUUUGAGGGCUUCAAGAAUCUUUUCCACAGGUUUCUGCAGGUGAAGGGGCCAUCGGUAGAGUGGAUAAAGAUACAAAGACCUCCUGAGGACUCUAUCCAGCCCUACGAUAAGAUCGCUGCUCGAGGUCUGCCGGACAACGUGGCUGACAGCCUUAACAAGCUGGUGGUGGUGAAGCUGAACGGAGGCCUGGGCACCAGCAUGGGAUGUAAGGGCCCCAAGAGCCUGAUCAGUGUCCGCAACGAGAACACCUUCCUGGACCUCACUGUGCAGCAGAUAGAGCACCUGAACAAGACUUACAACACAGACGUGCCCCUGGUCCUCAUGAACUCCUUCAACACUGAUGAAGACACGAAGAAGAUCCUGCAGAAGUACACACACCACCGUGUCAAGAUACACACCUUUAACCAGAGCAGGUAUCCUCGCAUCAACAAAGAGUCCCUCCUCCCUGUGGCCACAAACUUGAGCAUGAAUGGGCAAAGCGCAGAAGGCUGGUACCCUCCGGGGCACGGCGACAUUUACGCCAGCUUCUACAACUCGGGCCUGUUGGACCAGCUGAUUGCGCAGGGCAAGGAGUACAUCUUUGUGUCCAACAUCGACAACCUGGGAGCCACCGUCGACCUCCACAUCCUGCACCACCUGGUCAGCCAGCCCAACGGCAAGCGCUGCGAGUUCAUCAUGGAAGUGACGGAUAAGACGCGCGCCGACGUCAAGGGUGGCACGCUGAUCCAGUAUGAAGGAAAACUGCGCCUGCUGGAGAUUGCCCAGGUCCCCAAGGCCCAUGUGGACGAAUUCAAAUCAGUUUCAAAGUUCAAGAUCUUCAACACCAACAACCUGUGGCUGUCUCUGGCUGCUAUCAAGAGGCUGCAGGAACAGAAGGCAAUGGAUUUGGAGAUUAUAGUCAAUCCCAAGACGCUUGACGGCGGGCUGAACGUCGUCCAGCUGGAGACGGCGGUCGGCGCCGCCAUCAAAUGCUUCGACAACGCCCUGGGCAUCAACGUACCUCGCAGCCGCUUCCUGCCAGUCAAGACCACGUCGGACCUGCUGCUGGUCAUGUCCAACCUGUACAGCCUGGAGGCCGGCUCUCUCACCAUGAGCCCCAAGAGAGAGUUCCCAACAACGCCGCACGUCAAACUGGGCAGCUCCUUCACCAAGGUUCAGGAGUACGCUACCCGCUUCGAGAGCAUCCCCGACAUGCUGGAGCUCGACCACCUGACGGUGUCUGGAGACGUCACCUUUGGGAAGAACGUUUCACUCAAGGGCACCGUCAUCAUCAUCGCCAACCAUGGAGAUCGGAUUGAUAUUCCAGCCGGCUCCAUGCUGGAAAACAAAAUCGUAUCUGGCAACCUCCGCAUCAUGGACCACUAACGCCUUUUUCAGCCCCCUCCACACACACACACACACACACACACACACACACACACACACACCCUUAUCAUGUGACCCAAUUGGCUUUAUCCCAGUCAUGUGACCUGUUUGUCAUGUUUACCGGACACCAACAGAUUGUGAGAGGAAGUGGUUUUGCCCUUAAGGCUGUGUGUGUUUUCAUGUGCAGUGCUACUCUGCAGUUUAAACAUUAGAAAGUAGUUUACAUGGUUGAUGGUUGGGAGUGCUUGUAGCUGGGACAUACUGCCCUCUACAGGCUGUGUAUUAUAUCAUAUAAACAUUUAAUAGUAUUAAUAAUGAGCUACUCGCAGCUGCCACUUUAAACAAUGACCUAUAUCCAUGAGAGAGAAAAACAACAGCAGAUUAUAUUUUUUAUUCUUCUUUAACUGUAUUGAAGUUGACUGUUUCUUGGCAAGAUAGUAGAUAAUAAUACUAUAUAAUAAUAAUAAUAAUAAUAAUAAUAAUUAUUAUUAUUAUUAUUAUUAUUAUUAUUAAUGGGGAUACUAAUGGGACUACACAUCAAAGAGCAAACCAGAUGAAUUUAUCAUCUUCAUCGUCAGUGUGCUCUUACAGCACUGCUAAUGCAGUCACAUAGUGUACUUACAUAGAGAGGUAAAGUCAUGGUUUCUGAAGUUACUGAAGCGUUUUGACGCACACAGACGUCACUCUGGGACUCAGCAUGGUUCCACAAUUCAGCUGUGCAGUUACGUUUUGGUAAUCUAUCCAUUAUCUAUACCUGGGCCGUGAAUUUGUCUCACCAAAAAUGUUCUAACAAUGUUCUUGGCUAUUGCACAUUUAUGAGUGUAGCCAGACGGGUUUGGGAAGGUGUCAUUAGGAAUCCUUUUAUUUAAACCUGCAUUCAUUUAUUUGUUUUGGCCACCUGGGGGCAGCACAACAAGCAUACAUUGACAUCAUCAACUUUUCAGUUUAUAUGGCAAAUGUGUUCGCAAAAAGUUGGCUAUUUACACAUCUAGCAGACGCAGAGCAACAUUAUUAUUCAUCAGGAGUCGUGUUUCUGGCCAAUAUUCACUUUUUGGUCUCCACCAACUCCUGAUCGAAAUAUCUGACUCUUUAGCUGCUAAAUGCUCCACUAAAGUAUGUUCGCCAGCUCGUCGCUAACUUUAGGUGCGUUUCCAUCCACCACUGCAUUUUUAAUUUGCGCAUAAAAAAAAAGUAAAACUAAAGUUGAAAUAUGGCAAAAAGUUUUUACGAUUGGCCAAGGUGUAAAAGUUGGUGUAUCGAUAAAAGCAAAGUGCAACAAAGUGCAGUGGAAACAGACUUAACGAAUAAAUCAUGAUGUACAUGACGGCUGUGACUUAAGCUUCUACUGAAGAGACGUUCCUAAAAUUAAUACACGAAUCAAACGUAAAUGCCAUAUUUCCACAUUUUAAUUAUGUAAUCUCAUUGUGCCCUCUUCUGUAAAGUUUUACGGCAGCCUACUGGAGAAUUGACGCCAGUAGUGGAUGGAAACGUGCAUUAAUUCACAUUUUCUUUGCGAAACUUUUGCCGGCCUGUUGUUUGGUAGGUAGCACAGAGUGAGCUCAGCUGCUUUCUGCAUCUGAACAUUACGCUGACGAGAGCGGUGAGACUGAACCAAAACAGUAAAGUUGCAGAAAACCAAAAGAAUGAGCUGAAAGACACUAAAAAGCUCCGUAGAGCUGAGGGGAACUGCACAGUCUGGUGAUAAUAAUCUAAAAAUAUUAAUUAGAGCAGCUUUAAGUUAAAACAUCAAAAUCACAGUUUUUACAGGAUGACAACAACACGUGAUGGAUUUGUGGAAACAUGCAGAAACCAAGUCUGAAGUGAAGCUUGUGCUAAGAAAUAAAUGGGAAAUAACUGUGACUUCCACAUAAUGUAGAACAUACUUCCACUGGAUAAAUUCACACCUCCAGUCGAACCUCCCAGGAGUUUGUGCCAUAGAAGAGAACAUGUUACAACUGAUGUGAUGCCUGAACAACCUCCGUUUCUGCCUGUUUGGUGCCAUUGCGCUUUGACAUGAUAUUCCUGGAUGAAGACUGUAAUGAUCCAUAUCAAGGCAAGAUCACAAUGCCAUGAAAUUAUAUGUAAUAAGUGAAAUUAUAUCAUUUUAAAGUGGACCUUUAUUUGUGAUGUAGAUGAUGAAAAAUAUCAACAAUGUUGUGCAUUAUUUUUGUUUUUAUCCAGUAUGUUUGCUCACAUUUUGACCUUAAUGUUUGAAACCUCAUGCCUCCAUUACAGUGUCAAAUCUCUCCUGCCGCCUCUGUCCAUCCCAUCAUUCAGCAUUAACACAAAGCAAGACAGGCGGUGCAGUGAUUUCUGCAGUGUUGGUUUACACACACACUCACAGAUUCAGACUGUAGACAUUUUUAAAACGUGUACACAAAGUUUCAGUGUGAGAAUACUUGGGUCCGACACGUUCGGACCAGAAGCCCGAAAGCAAUAAGUGUUGAUCUGUGACGGUGACGAGGUCUCAGCCCAGCCCUCAGAGCUGAAUAAAGUGCAAUAUGAAAUAAUGA